CUGGUUUGUCGUAUGUUGUAAAGUAGCUUUCAUUUGCGAAAGUUUUGCAUUGUAGCUUCUACUUGUAAUUUUGAGUGCGCCUGUUCAACAUACUUUCGGAAAUGCAGCUGUGUUUUUUACUAUGCCUGUGUGCUAUAAUUAUUGGUUGUCAAACGAAGGAACUUGAAGGUCGUAUUUGGUAUGAUGCAAAAUGUGGAUGCUAUACAAAUAUGUCGCAUACGUCACAUACUCCACACCCCACACCAUGUACAUCUACGGUAGCCGUCAUUAGAACAGUUCCCUCAUGUGUAGUAGAGCAGUCUGCUGUAACGAAUGUUGUUGUUAAAACAAGUUAUGUAAUUUUGAACACAAUAUUGAGUACCCGCACUAAAAUGUUGCGAUUACCGAUACAAACGGAUAUUGUUUUCAUACCUGCCUUGGAAACAAUUACCUCUACCAUACCAGUGUACACAAUCACUGAAACUGAAUGGAUAACUGCAACUACCUUAACCUGGGCGCCAACACCAACCUACGUAACCAACACCACUGAAUAUGAAACGGAAACCACAACAGCUACCACUACGGAUUUUGUCACCGGUCCUAAUCAAACCGUAACCAGUGUUAUCACGGAAACUACCACGACUGAUUUUUGUCUAACUAUCUCGACAUCGCAGAUUCCAACUGAUACAAUUACGUUAGCACCGAAUACUUCGUAUGAAAUAAGUCCAUCCUAUACCACGCAAGUCACUUGGGACACAUUGAACACGGCGACUACUCUUAUCCCAGUAACCACAGACAUAACUGUAACCGGAAGUACUUUCAGCACCACACUCGCACCAGAAACAAUCACUGUUUCAGAAACCACGACUGUUACCGCAACAGAUCAGUUUAUUGCGCCCACCCCGACGUACAGCAUCACAGAAACGGAAUUCUCCACUGGUGUUGUUUCUAUAACUGUCACCCAAACUAAGGCAGCUAUCACCACUAUAACAAACCUUGCAACAACAACUAGCACACUACGUACGACUCUCACUCUAUCCUGUACCGGCAGCGGAACCACAAACUGCAAUCCGAAAGUCGCUCGUACUGCACCAACAACGACCACAACAACACAGCGCCCAUUGGUAACUGAGCCUAUCCCGAUCCCCUUCAAGGCAGCUUGGAUUCAACCGAGUGCAGUAACAUCAAAUAAAAUAGCGGCUACCAUUUUUAGCCACAUAUCACCUUCGGAGCAGGAGCUUUUAGAAGGUUUGUUCUAAAAAAACUGAAAAAUAAAUUCUGAUUCAAAACAAUGAGAAGUACAGAUAUAUAUGUGACAUUAUUGAAGCAAGUCUUCUCAAAACUAUAGUUCAA